CAACUUUUCCUUAUUUUGCUCUCUCUCCCCUUAAGCUCUCCCCAGCUAGGGUUUGAUGGGUCAUGCCUUGUUUGGCUUCAACUCAAACCCCAAAACUCUUCCAGUUUUCCAUUAAUUCCAGUUUACGUUUCGGCUUCAUCCAAACACAAUCUUAUCUCCGGUAACCACCACACUCCGAACAAUGGUGAGAGGAAAAACUCAGAUGCGGCGGAUCGAAAACGCCACGAAUCGCCAAGUCACGUUUUCGAAGCGCCGCAAUGGGUUGCUUAAGAAGGCCUUUGAGCUCUCAGUGCUCUGUGAAGCUGAAGUGGCCCUCAUCAUUUUCUCUUCUACUGGGAAGCUUUGUGAAUUUGCUAGCUCAAGCAUGCAGGCCACAGUGGAGCGAUUUCAAAGGCACACAAGGGUAACCCAUCAUCUUGAACGUUCUUUACCUCAUCACCAUGAUCAAGCUGAUCAGGCUGCAAAUUUGUUGAAGGAGAUAGAGUCACUUGAAGAUUCAAAGAGGAAAUUGUUGGGACAAGGUUUGGGAUCAAGCUCUUAUGAAGAACUUCAACAAAUAGAACAGCAGCUACAAAGCAGCUUAGCCCAUGUUCGCGCUACAAAGCAUGAGGCUUACAAGGAACAGAUUGAUCAACUGAAAGAAAAGGAGAAAUAUUUGGCAGCUGAAAAUGAAAAGCUAGCUAAAAAGGGUUAUAAGACAGAUGAAGUGAAAUGCAUUUUCUGAUUCAGUAUUUGGUUCAACUCGAGCCUCGUCAAUCACUGACUCAAGUACGAGAAGUUUCACCGUAUCUCGAAACCAGCUCGACUUUCGACGUUGAAACGGAUUUGUUCAUCGGGCCACCAAAGCCGAGAUCGA